AUGAGAAUUCAAGCUGGAGGCGAUAUUAAAAUCACUAGAGCCAUCUAUCACUAUAUUACGGUACACGUUACGCAUAUCGUGCACGACACGCCGCAUCAGUGUCGUUUGUGUCUAUUAGUUCCAAACAUAACGGCGUCAUCACUAUCCUUCUCUCCUGACCAUGUGCUGAACGAGUCCGUGAUGUGCAGAGGUGAUGUGUUGGACCUUGGUGCAAGGUUGUUGGGAGAUGUACAUCAAAUCCACUUGCUUCUACACUGUGAGGCACAACAUGCUGCUUUCUUUAUACUAACUGAAGAUGCCUGGACAUCGUUCUGUUUGGAUGAUCUGACAAGUGAUGGAUCCCUGCAAGCUGGUGUAUUCACAAUUAAACCGGUGUGGUGGAGCGGCGGUGGAUCAGUACGAGGGACGGUCUGGUGCCGAGCCCCUCACGCCGGCCUGCACACCGCUGCACUUCGCGUUCUCGCCUCCACUGCCAUCGCUCGGCCGUUACAUCUGCUUGCAGAUUCUUUGUACUUUAGAAGAGAUCAUAUAACUCUUGAGGCCCAGGAGAAAAAUUACGAUAUCAGCAGCGACGACGAUCCAGCGUGCGAGUACUACGUGCACCUCGGCACCGCCUUUCCUCACCGUUCUCUUUCCGCUACUGUUCAACUUGUCAAUCACAGUUCAGUGUCAUAUUCAUACUAUUGGAGCGUCCGUCCUUGGGGCAUCUGCUCCUGUUGGGAGAAGGAGGAAGCAACGAAUGGCUCUCUUCAUUCCAAGAAUAGUAGCGAACGACUUUGUGUUGGAGCCAAAAAAGCAAAAGUCAAAGAACAGCAGGUUAAAUACAGCUUCUACAUGUUGGUGUUGAAAGAUAUUCCAAAAGAAAGUUUCCCUUGCGAUUGCGAUGCAAUGAUUGUUAAUACAGAAACAGUUGAGUCUGAUUCGGUACCAGGUGUAAAGUUCUUUGCUCAAAAAAUCAGACACGGAUGGGGCGAGUUGCGGAAUUUAACUCCAUUAGUUACAAGUUGCACACUAAGAGGUGGUAUUCACUAA